AUGACAGUUAAAACUUUCCUUCAUGAUACGUGGGAAGUAUUGAAAAUCCCAGAUACAAAGACUUUCAAAACUGAGUACAUUAACCCAAAUAUUGACAGGGAGAGGAAGCAACGUAAAGUGGUCAAUGGAAUACGGAAAAAUAGCUUUCUUCAAGCUUUCAAUCUCUAUCCUUCAUACUACAGCGCAUAUGAACGGAAGUUUCUCCUGAAGUUUGACGUGUCCGUGUUGCUCUUUUUAGGAGCAUCAUUUUACACCAAAUAUCUUGACAAUACAAACAUUGGUUCUGCUUAUGUGUCUGGUAUGCAACAGGAUAUAAAUAUAACCGGAAAUGAAUUGAACUACUUUAACACCAUGUAUACCAUAGGAUAUGCUCUUUUCCAGAUUCCCAUCACUUUGUUAGUCACAAAGCCUCAAUUUUCCAGAUACUUAUUGAUUACUUGUGAGCUAAUAUGGGGUGUUUUAACUCUUUCAAAUGGAUUUGUUCAUAAUUCUCAGCAGGUCUAUGUUAUACGGUUCUUUAUUGGAGUCAGCGAGGCUUGCUCUUUUCCAGCUACAUAUGUGAUUUUUAGUAGUUUCUUAACUGACGAAGAACUUUUCACUAGGGCCGGAAUAUAUGGAGCUUUUGCUGUUGCAGGUUCUGCCAGCAGUGGCGUCUUACAAACCAGGGCUCGUGAGAGUCUUUCUGGAGUUUGCGGUUUGGAAGGAUGGAGAUGGCAAUUCAUCAUCGACGGUCUCAUCACCUUUGGUGUCGUUUUGUACGGAUUAUUUUUGUUCCCUGGUAUUCCAACUGCUUGCAAGAAGUUUGGUCUUUUCACAGAAGAUGAUAUGAUUUUUGCGAGAAAAAGAAUGGACAAGAAGUUAGCUGUUCCUCAAAAGUUCACAAAGAAAUCCAUAAAGGAGACCCUUACCACCUGGCAGUUCUAUGUUUGCACUUUAAUGUGGACUUUCCAUCAUUCCUCCUACUAUAGCAACGGAAACAAGCUCUAUAUGAAGUCCAAGCCAAACUUGUAUACGACGUCCCAGGUCACUAAUUGGGAUACCUACAUGUAUCUUCUCGGUAUUCCAAUGGCCACUUUUAUUUCUCCAUUAACAGAAUGGAUAAGCAAACUUAUAGUGGUAAAUGUGGUUAUGGUAACGGCAUACUAUGCAUGUGCUGUUCUUGUGGUAUGGAAUGUUCCUAAUAGUCUACUCAUUUCUGCUUUCUUCGUGCAAAGAGUCUUUAUUGAUGGACUUUCACAAGUCUUCUUUGCAUGGUCAGCUACACUAUGCAAGGAUAAUGUGGAGAAGAAAGCGUUGGUGUUAGGAUUUAUGCAGGCUUUCUCCUAUGCAACAAAUGCUUGGGUCAUUCCUAUACAGUAUAACAUAAAGGACUCCCCCAGGUUUCGAUCGGGAUAUAUUGCUAACAUCGUGAUUGUGCUCAUGACAAAUGUGAUGUUCAUGAUAUGCUGGGUUCUAGCUCAUUAUGACAAGAAAUUGAUUCCCAGAUUUGCUGGUACUAGACACCUCAAUACUAGAGGCAACAUUAGAACUUUCGACCAGGAUGAGUAUGGUGAUGAAAGAGCAAGCGAUACCUCUAAAGGGGUUGUUACUGAAACAGUGAGAAUUCUGGAGAAGGACGAAGUUUGA